AUGAGACCAGCUUACUUCGUCGCAUUGACUCUGUUGGGAUGGGCUUUACCGCUGAGAGCCUCUGGCCUGCGUGGCACGAAUAUCGAUAUACUACGGCGGCAAGACACUGCAGCCGAGAGCUUUCCCACCCUAACCACCGACACUCCCAGCUCGUCGAUAGACCAAGCCGCAUCCGAAACCAGCACACCAACAGGCGACUCCACGACCUCUACAGAAAAUCCUAAGUCGUCCGGCCCGGGGGCAGCUGACGAAACAACCUCUCCCAAGACGACGCCGACACCUUCCAAGGGCACCACCACCACCACCUUCGACGUACCGACUGCCUCCCCUCCCAAUGCGUACCACACAGCCACCGCCUUGGGUGAGACACAUCCAGACCAACUGCCGCUGAAGCCAAAGAUCACUCCUGCAUUUGGAACGGCUGGUGUCUUGCUCAUCAUCUUGGGUUCGGGAUAUGCCUUGGUUGGAGUGAAGAACAGAUGGGUCCAGGUCUUCCUAUCGUCGGGCUUCCUGGCCAGCAUCGCAACUACGGCUCUCGUCGUCUAUGUGAUGGACCCUCCGGUCAGGGACGCCAUCCAAGGGGGUUACUUGGUCGCAAUUGUCAUGGCAGGCGUCAUCUUUGGUGCGGGAGCCCUCAUUUUCAAGGAUUUCACUGAAGGUCUUGGGUGUCUCUUGGGAGGGUUCUGCUUGAGCAUGUGGUUACUCACGUUGAGGCAUGGCGGCCUCGUCAGAAGCUCGGGUGGGAAAGGCGUUUUCAUCGGGGUCUUCUGCCUUGUGCCCUGGGCACUGUCGUGGACCCAUUACACUCGGCCUUAUGGGUUGAUCGUAUCCACGUCGUUCGCCGGAGCUACUGCAUUCAUGCUUGGGAUUGAUUGCCUUACGAAGGCUGGCAUGAAAGAAUUCUGGAUCUAUCUCUGGGACAUCAAUGACAACCUGUUCCCUUUGAACACCACUACGUAUCCCCAGACACGGGGCAUUCGAGUCGAAAUCGCCAUUGUUAUAAUCGGCACCAUUAUCGGCCUACUCUCCCAGAUCAAACUUUGGAAGGUGAUCAGGUCCAAGCAGAGGGAAAGAGAGAUGCUAGACCGAGAGGACGGGCUCCAGAACGAUGCGAUCGAGGCCGCCUUAGGUCGACACCUCGAGCGCCAGAACGAAAGAGAGAAGUCGGAAUGGGAGCGGCAUUACGGCGACAGACAUCAGGGGAAAGGAAAUACCAUCCUAUGGCAAGAUGCACAUCCCGACAAGCAGUAUUCCCAGGUCUCUGUGGUCACCGUUGCACCGGUAUCGCCAUCGCCGUCGCCGUCGCCCUCGGCGAGCCUAGAGAUGGAUGUUUCGGGACGUAAGCGCCCAAGCUCGGUCACUGUGGACGUCAUUGAAGAGGUCGAGGAGAAGACCGAACAGGAUGCUCUCAAGGGACGCCCAAAAUCACUUGAGACGCUCGAGGAAUGCGUCGAGCUAUGCAGCGAGCAGAGACAAAGUGGCGAAUCUAGUACCGAUGUGAAGGCAAUGAGCGACUCUGGCCGCGACCAGCAAGUCAGCGUGCAUACGGCGAAAUCGGAGGAAGUGGACGAGCGUCCGCCAUCAAGACGGCGCUCUCAAGCAACACCCUCCGCACUGACUCAGCGUCUCAGUCCGACUCACGGUGUCGCGUCCGAGUCUCGAGAACACCUUCUCGGCCCCGAGAGACCGGUCAGCAGGGCAUCCUCGGCCGCGGCCACUCUGGAUACAGAUAAUGAGGCGUUGAAUGUGAACGUGCUUGGAAGCGACACGGAUGAAGGUGGAAAUGGUCGGCGUCUGUCGCAAGGCUCAGAGGGCGCUGGGUCUAGUGUUGAGACUCUGACACAAACUGCUCUCGCACAGGUGCCCAGCCAGCUCUCGAACGUGGUCUUGUCUUAUCGAACCAACGAAUGGGCAAAACACAUUGCCGCCGCAGAUGUCCCGGUUUUUGACGAACCAGAGACGAUCAGUGGUGUUGAGGACGAGCUGGCCACACGUCUGGCUCCAUCCACGGCAGCCACCGAGCAUAUCCUGCUUUCCAGAGACCCCAAUGUCAAGGUUGUACCGGCAGGGAGUGCCAUUCACCGAGUCAAGGCUGGUGGUACUGGGGUUGGCAUUGUCCCUGGCCCUGGUCUGAGCCUGACCGCCAAAAGAAGGUCUCUUCCCGAGCAGGCGAGACGGAGCGGUAGACCGCAGGUCUCAUCCCGGUCUGGAUCCAUGCAAUUGCAAUCCCUAAGAACGCCGGGCAACAGAAGCAGCCGGAAGAUGUUCAACCCUGACUGGACAGGUUCCCUCGUCACGACUCCGAUUGACGAAAACACGCCGACCGUGUUCCCCCAUCCAAGAUCGAGCAGUCGCCGUGCCUCUGAAGGCACGCCGUACAUGACUCCUUCACAGAGGCGGUUCUCGGCACCGCUGCCGAGGUCUAGCGGCAUACGGCCAUACACUGACACGCCGCACGACGGCGUUGGCGCUGCAAGCCCUUACGGCGGAGAGACCCGACUCGACUCUUACCACUCGCGACAGCCAGCCCGUCGAGAUGGGAGAAGCGACCUCGACCGCCGUCAAUCGCUCCUGGCCGAGUGGCGGCUAUCGCAGCAGGAUCGGGCCACGAGCAACGGGCUCGGCGGCGCCUCUGCUGAAGCCGGGUGGGCGCAGAUGAGGGCGGACAAGGAGAACCAGAAAGUGGUGGGGGAAUACCAGCGCGCCGCACAGCGAGAGAAACAGUAUGCGAUGGACCAGGCCAUGAGACGGCCAGAGAUGCAAGGGCUGCACCGGGAAGCAUUGCGCAAAAUGCAGGCGAGCGCCACCCGCAAGCUGUAA